AUAAAUUUACAUCUUUUACUUAAUAAAAUUUUAAAAAAUAAAAUAAUGACGGGGCCGGUGCCACUCAGGCCCCUUAAUAGCGGUGCCACUGGCAGUGUACCCGGACGUAUAUAACACUCUCUCAGUAUUUAAUGUCGGAAAGAAGAAUAUCAAUAAUUAAUAAUAAGCCAUAUAAUACACAUUAAAAACAAUUAGCAGGCUCGCAGCUAUAAAUACUACCAAGUGGUUCUACCAUUGCUAACAAACCAAGCAUCCACAAUUCCAUCCUUUCAAAAAAAAAAAAAAUCCAUAAUUCCAUAUUAACUUAAUCACUUCAGAUCAUUAUAAUAUGGGUGAAGGAGUAAAAGUGUUAGGAAAUAGAGGUAGUCCAUAUAGUAAAAGGGUAGAAAUAGCCCUUAAAUUAAAGGGUAUCUCAUAUGAUUACCAAGAGGAAGAUCCUUAUGGUAACAAAAGCCCUGAACUAUUAAAGAGUAAUCCAGUUUAUAAGAAGAUUCCUGUGUUAAUACACAAUGGUAAGCCAAUUGCUGAGUCCCUAGUUAUUUUGGAGUAUAUUGAUGAGGUUUGGGAAGGUUAUCCUAUCUUGCCUAAGGAUCCUUACCAUAAGGCUACGGCUCGGAUUUGGGCUAAAUUCAUCGAUGAUAAGUGCUUACCAUCACUUUGGAAUGCAUUAUGGGCGACAAAUGACGAAGAACAAGAAAAAACACUCAAAGAAGCAAAAGAAAAUUUAGAAAUCCUUGAGAAAGAGAUUAAAGGUAAGAAGUUUUUUGGAGGGGAAAAUAUUGGAUUUGUAGACAUUGUUGCAAACUAUAUUGGUUGUGGGUUAGUAACCAUCCAAGAAAAUUUUGGAAAGAACAUUCUUACAAAAGAAAGUUAUCCCUAUUUGACCAAAUGGAUGGAGGAAUAUGUAAAGUGCAACAUCAUCAAGGAAAAUUCGCCUUCAAAAGAUAGUCUAUUUGCCCUUAUUAAGCUUCGUCAUGAAACUCUCGAGAAUUUAAAGAAGUAGAUUGUGUAAUAACUUCUACUUCUCUUUUGAUGAGUUAAUAAAUGGCUAAGUUCUGUUUGUGUCAAAAAAAAAAAAAAAAACUUCUUGUUCUCUUAAAGUUCAUAUAACACUUUUUUUUUUCUUCUUAGAGAAAAUUUUAUCGUUGUUUCUCAUCAUUUGUAUCGAUUUUCUCUUGUAUUGUGGGAGUUUUAAGACGUGUGUAUGUACAUUUUUCUUUCUUUAUAAUUAGGAGCAGUCUUAAUUAAGUUAUGAUGGACUAUAAUCAAUGUUUAUUUCUCAUGCUCUCUCCAUUUUCUUUUGUUUGUCCCAUUUAGAAUUUUUUAAGACUCCAAUGGAAAUAAAAUGUAAUAUUUGAACAGUUUUGCAAAUA